AUGCCUCCAACUUGCCCCAAUGACUUCCAAAAUCAAUUGGAUUCUCCAGAAACUGUCCGUCUGUUCUCCUAUCUAAAAGACACAAUUGUCCUUCCAUUACACCUAUUUGGAGCAUACUGUAUUUUGAAAAAGACCCCAAAUAAUAUGCAUUCUGUCAAAUUUACACUUUUGAAUUUUCAUUUUUGGAAUGUUUUAUUUGAUUUGAUAUUCGCAUUUUCUGCGCCAAUUCCUAUAUUUCCAAUGCCAGCUGCAGUUAUGAAUGGAAUUUUUACAAGAAUUGGAAUUCCAUCAACUAUUCAAUUGCUCAUUUUGGUAACUUCAAUUGAUUACGUUAGUGUCUCUACCUUAAUGAUCUUUGAAAACCGAUUCUACCUUCUAAACUCCAAGAAAAAAUGGUGGAAAAGAAUUCGUCCGCUUUGGAUGAUUGUCAAUUUUUCGCUGGCUCCACUACAUCAAAUUCCCAAUAUCCUGGAAUUUCCAGAUCAAAAAUUUGCGAGAGAAUUGGUUAUAAAUAGUCUCCCAUGCGUCCCAGAAUUUCUAUACACUGCUGAUAUCGUACUUCCAAGCCUGAACAGCCCCACAAUAGUCAUCAACUCAAUCUUAUUCGUAUCCAUAAUUUUCGGGCAAUUAGCCAUUUUCGCAAAUAUCAUAAUUGCCCAAUUAUACACUAAUUUUGGUGCGAACACACUCUCAAAGACGACCCGACAUCUUCAGAAGAGGCUUUUGAAGACGUUAGUGCUGCAGACAGGGAUUCCAGUGGUUUCGCUUGUUUUUCCAGGAAUUUAUGCAGUCUUUUCAAUUUAUACGAGCCAUUUUGAUAUGGGUUUGAACAAUCUAGUCGCUAUUGUAGCAUCUCUGCAUGGGCUUGUGAGCACAUUAUCGAUCAUUUUGAUCCAUCAACCCUACAGGGAUACUGUAUUUUUUUGGAGAAAAAAUAAGAAGAGUGAAAGCAAAAGGUGGAGUAUACCAGUUGGAUCGACUCUUACAAAUCAUUGA